GCGUGCGUGCCCGACGGGCCGAGUUCCAGUCCCCGUGCUGCCCCUUCCUGACUGUGCGCCGGGGGUGCAGGGGACUGUGCCGGGCCGGGCCUCAGUUUCCCCCUCUGUGCGAUGGGCGCGGUAACGGUACCACGUGUCUCAGAGGGCGGCCGUGAGGAAUAAAAGCCGCCGCCACCUCCACUUCCCUUCCAUCACCGACAAGAUGCCUGCCCCUGGAGCCUUCAUCUUCCUCGCGGCCGUCUCCGCCUCCGGCUGCCUGGCGUCCCCGGCCCACCCCGAUGGAUUCGCCCUGGGCCGGGCCCCUCUGGCUCCUCCGUACGCCGUGGUCCUCAUUUCCUGCUCCGGUCUGCUGGCCUUCAUCUUCCUCCUCCUCACCUGUCUGUGCUGCAAACGGGGCGAUGUCGGCUUUAAGGAGUUUGAGAACCCCGAAGGGGAGGAUUGCUCGGGGGAGUACACUCCCCCGGCCGAGGAGACCUCCUCCUCGCAGUCGCUGCCUGAUGUCUACAUCCUCCCGCUGGCCGAGGUCUCCCUGCCGAUGCCUGCGCCGCAGCCUUCCCAUUCAGACAUGACCACUCCCCUGGGCCUCAGCCGCCAGCACCUCAGCUACCUACAAGAGAUUGGGAGUGGCUGGUUUGGGAAGGUGAUCCUGGGAGAGGUGUUCUCAGACUACACGCCAGCCCAGGUGGUGGUGAAGGAGUUGCGCGCCAGCGCGGGGCCGCUGGAGCAGCGCAAGUUCAUCUCGGAAGCGCAGCCCUACAGGAGCCUGCAGCACCCCAACGUCCUGCAGUGUCUGGGCGUCUGCGUGGAGACCUUGCCUUUCCUGCUGAUCAUGGAGUUCUGUCAGCUGGGGGACCUGAAGCGCUACCUCCGGGCCCAGCGGCCCCCAGAGGGCCUGUCCCCUGAGCUGCCCCCGCGCGACCUGCGGACCCUGCAGCGGAUGGGCCUGGAGAUCGCCCGGGGGCUGGCGCACCUCCACUCCCACAACUACGUGCACAGCGACCUGGCCCUGCGCAACUGCCUGCUGACCUCUGACCUCACCGUGCGCAUCGGAGACUACGGGCUGGCCCACAGCAACUACAAGGAGGACUACUACCUGACCCCUGAGCGCCUGUGGAUCCCCCUGCGCUGGGCGGCCCCGGAGCUGCUGGGCGAGCUGCACGGGACCUUCAUGGUGGUGGACCAGAGCCGGGAGAGCAACAUCUGGUCCCUGGGGGUGACGCUGUGGGAGCUGUUUGAGUUCGGGGCGCAACCCUACCGCCACCUGUCCGACGAGGAGGUCCUUGCCUUCGUGGUCCGCCAGCAGCACGUCAAGCUGGCCCGGCCCAGGCUCAAGCUGCCCUACGGGGACUACUGGUACGACAUCCUGCAGUCCUGCUGGCGGCCGCCGGCCCAGCGCCCCUCGGCCUCUGACCUGCAGCUGCAGCUCACCUACCUGCUCUCCGAGCGGCCCCCGCGGCCCCCGCCCCCCCCACCCCCGCCCCGGGACGGCCCCUUCCCCUGGCCCUGGCCCGCCACCCACAGCGCGCCCCGCCCGGGCACCCUCUCCUCGCCGUUCCCCCUCUUGGACGGCUUCCCCGGGGCCGACCCCGACGACGUGCUCACGGUCACCGAGAGCAGCCGCGGCCUCAACCUCGAGUGCCUGUGGGAGAAGGCGCGGCGGGGGGCCGGCCGGGGUGGGGGGGCCCCGGCCUGGCAGCCGGCGUCCGCGCCCCCGGCCCCCCACGCCAACCCCUCCAACCCCUUCUACGAGGCGCUGUCCACGCCCAGCGUGCUGCCCGUCAUCAGCGCCCGCAGCCCCUCUGUGGGCAGCGAGUACUACAUCCGCCUGGAGGAGCACGGCUCCCCGCCCGAGCCCCUCUUCCCCAACGACUGGGACCCCCUGGACGCCGGCGUGCCGGCCCCCCAGGCGCCCCAGGCCCCGUCCGAGGUGCCCCAGCUGGUCUCCGAGACCUGGGCCUCCCCCCUCUUCCCGGCGCCCCGGCCCUUCCCGGCCCCGUCCUCGGCCUCGGGCAGCUUCCUCCUGAGCGGCUGGGACCCCGAGGGCCGGGGUGCGGGGGAGACCCUGGCGGGGGACCCUGCCGAGGUGCUGGGGGAGCGGGGGGCCGCCUGGGCCGAGGAGGAGGAGGAGGAAGAGGAGGAGGAGGGCAGCUCCCCCGGCGGGGACAGCAGCAGCCUCGGGGGCGGCCUCAGCCGCCGCGGCCACCUGCCCUGCCCGCUGUGCAGCCGGGAGGGGGCCUGCUCCUGCUUGCCCCUGGAGCGGGGCGAGGCCGUGGCCGGCUGGGGGGGCCACCCUGCCCUGGGCUGUCCCCACCCCCCAGAGGACGACUCGUCCCUGAGGGCCGAGCGGGGCUCCCUGGCCGACCUGCCCAUGGCCCCCCCCUCCUCGGCCCCCCCCGAGUUUCUGGACCCCCUCAUGGGGGCCGCGGCGCCUCAGUACCCCGGGCGGGGGCCACCACCCGCUCCCCCCCCCCCGCCGCCACCUCCCCGGGCCCCCGCGGACCCCGCCGUGUCCCCAGACCCCCCUUCAGCCGUGGCCAGUCCCGGCUCAGGCCUGUCGUCUCCGGGCCCCAAGCCGGGGGACAGCGGCUACGAGACCGAGACCCCUUUUUCCCCCGAGGGAGCCUUCCCAGGUGGGGGGGCGGCCGAGGAGGAAGGGGUCCCUCGGCCACGGGCUCCCCCCGAGCCCCCCGACCCGGGAGCGCCCCGGCCGCCCCCAGACCCGGGUCCCCUCCCGCCGCCGGGGGCCCGGGAGAAGCCAACCUUCGUAGUUCAAGUGAGCACCGAGCAGCUGCUGAUGUCCCUGCGGGAGGACGUGACGCGGAACCUCCUGGGGGAGAAGGCGACGGCCGCCCGGGGCGCGGGGCCCCGGAAAGCAGGGAGAGGCCCCGGGAGCCAGGAGAGAGCCCCGGGCCCGGGCGGGGACCCCACAGCCCCGGGCAGCGGGAGGAAAGCCUCCAGCCCGAACGAGGACCCGAGCCUCCCGGUGAACGGGGUGACAGUGUUGGAGAACGGGGGGCAGGCAGCCCCAGGCAUCCAGGAGAAGGCGGCAGAGAAUGGGGGCCCGGAGUUCCCAGAGAGAGAAGAGACAGUGCUGGAGAAUGGGGAGCUGACGCCCCCAAGGAGGGAGGAGACGGUGCUGGAGAAUGGGGAGCUGAGGUCCCCGGAGAGAGAAGAGACAGUGUUGGUGAAUGGGGGGCCGACACCCCCAAAGAUGGAGGAGACGGUGUCAGAGAAUGGGGGCCCGAGACUCCCCAGGAACACCGAGAGGCUGCCAGAGACUGGGCCCUGGAGAGCCCCAGGGCCCUGGGAGAAGAAGCCCGAGAGUGGGGGGCCAGCCCCCACGAUAGGGGGGCCAGCCCCCACGAUAGGGGAGCCAGCCCCAGAGACGCUGCCGGCGAGAGCCCCCGCCCCCGGCACAGUGGCCUUGCCCCAGAACGGCGGGGAGACGGCCCCUGGCCCCCCUGGCCCAGCCCCCAGGAGCGUGGUGUUGGAACUGGGGACCAAGAGGAGAGCCCCCGAGACUGGGGGGGCAUCGAGAGCCCCCGGGGCUGGGAGGCCGGACCUCGGGAGUGGGGGCCGAGCCCCAGCGGGCACGGGGACGGCCCCCGGCGGCGGCCCCGGAAGCGGCGCGGACGCAAAGGCAGGAUGGGCAGACAGCACGAGGCCACAGCCGCCCCCACCGCUGCCCCCGGAGCCGAGGAGGCCGGAGCCAGCGCCCCAGAAGGCCAGGCCGGAGGCGGGCCCCGAGGGAGAGGCCGGGGCGCCAGACAGCAGGGCCGGAGGAGACCCGGCACCCAGCGGAGACGGGGAGCCCCCCAAGCCCGAGAGGAAGGGUCCCGAGAUGCCACGGCUGUUCUUGGACUUGGGACCCCCUCAGGGGAACAGCGAGCAGAUCAAAGCCAAGCUCUCCCGGCUCUCGCUGGCGCUGCCGCCGCUCACGCUUACGCCGUUCCCGGGGCCGGGCCCGCGGCGGCCCCCGUGGCAGGACGCGGACGGCGGGGCGGCUGGCGGGGAGGCCGGCGGGGCGGGGGCGCCGGGGCCGGCGGAGGAGGACGGGGAGGACGAGGACGAGGAGGAGGAGGAGGACGAGGCGGCGGGCGCGGCGGCGGGCCCGCGGGGCCCCGGGAGGUCCCGGGCAGCCCCGGUGCCGGUCGUGGUGAGCAACUCCGACGGGGACGCGGCCCGCCCGUUGCGGGGGCUGCUCAAGUCGCCGCGCGGGGCCGACGAGUCCGAGGACAGCGAGCUGGAGAGGAAGCGCAAGAUGGUCUCCUUCCACGGGGACGUGACCGUCUACCUCUUCGACCAG